AUGGCUGUCUCCCUCUCAUUCACCUUCAUCUCGACAUCCAUCAAGGCUGAUUUUGCCUUCUCUGAUGAGGUGCGAAGUUGGCACUUAUCAGAGCUAGAUCUUCUCUUCAAUAGGGAUGUAAUAACUUUCUUUUCCUCCCCAGAGUUGGACAAUGGACAAGACAAUAUACACCCACAUAUAACAUCAUGCAGUGGAGAGAAGUCCCAUCUGUGUUUACAUUGCAGUAAGACAUUUACUGAUGAGAACACUCUUAUACUACAUCAGAAAACACACCAGGGCGAGUAUGAGCUAAGAAGCCACCUUAGAACACAAACUGGAGGGAAAAUUUUCAACAGUGGAGAAAAGCCUUAUCGAUGUCCCAAUUGUGAUAAAGGAUUUUCUGAAAAGAGCAAACUUACUCGUCACCUUAGAACACAUACAGGAGGGAAACCAUUUAAGUGUUCUCAGUGUGAUAAGGGAUUUUCUGUAAAGACUAUUCUUACUAACCACCUUAGAACACAUACAGGAGAGAAACCAUUUAAGUGUUCUCAGUGUGAUAAGGGGUUUUCUGUAAAGACUACUCUUACUGUCCACCUUAGAACACAUACAGGAGAGAAACCAUUUAAGUGUUCUCAGUGUGAUAAGGGGUUUUCUGUAAAGACUAGUCUUACUGCCCACCUUAGAACACAUACAGGAGAGAAACCCUUUAAAUGUUCCCAGUGUGAUAAGGGUUUUUCUGUAAAGACUAAUCUUACUGCCCAUCUUAAAACACAUACAGGAGAGAAACCCUUUAAGUGUUCCAAGUGUGAUGAAGUUUUUACUUUCCAGAGUAAUCUUACUACCCAUUUAAGAACACAUACAGGAGAGAAACCCUUUAAGUGUCCCCAUUGUGAUAAGACAUUUUCUCGAAAGACUACUCUUACUAACCACCUUAGAACACAUACAGGAGAGAAACCCUUUAAGUGUCCCCAUUGUGAUAAGACAUUUUCUCGAAAGACUUUUCUUACUAACCACCUUAGAACACAUACAGGAGAGAAACCCUUUAAGUGUCCCCAUUGUGAUAAGACAUUUUCUCAAAAGAAUAUUCUUACUAGCCACCGUAGAAGACAUACAGGAUAGAAACCCUUCAAAUGUUCCCAGUGUGAUGAGAGUUUUUCUCAAAGAAGUAACCUUACUAGACAUUUAAGAACACACAGCCUCAACAAAAAGCCUCAACGAAGUUCCCAUUGUGAUAAGACGUUUUCUCAAAAGAAUGAGCUUACUAGCCACCUUAGAAUACAUACACAAGAGAAACCUUUCAUCUUUUCCCAGUGUGACAAGGCUUUUACUUCCCAAAGUAAUCUAGGAAAGCAUCUAAGGUUGCAUACAGGAGAAAAGCCUUUUCACUGUUUCUAUUGUGAAAAGGGUUUUUCUGAAAGAAGUCACCUUAUUAGACACCUUAGAACACAUACAGGAGAGAAACCAUUUAAGUGUUCCCAGUGUGAUAAGAUAUUUUCUGUAAAGACUAAUCUUACUGCCCAACUUAGAGCACAUACAGGAGAGAAAACCUUUAAGUGUUCCCAGUGUGAUAAGGUUUUUACUUGCCAAAGUUAUCUUACUACCCAUUUAAGAACACACAGUGGAGAAAAGCCUUAUCGAUGUGCCAAGUGUGAUAAAGAAUUUCCUGAAAAGAAUAAUCUUACUCGUCACCUUAGAACACAUACAGGAGAGAAACCAUUUAAGUGUUCUCAGUGUGAUAAGGGGUUUUCUGUAAAUUUUACUGCCCACCUUAGAACACAUACAGGAGAGAAACCCUUUAAGUGUCCCAAUUGUGAUAAGACAUUUUCUCGAAAGACUAUAUUUACUAACCACCUUAGAACACAUACAGGAGAGAAACCAUUUAAGUGUUCUCAGUGUGAUAAGGGGUUUUCUGUAAAGACUAAUCUUAUUGCCCACCUUAGAACACAUACAGGAGAGAAACCCUUUAAGUGUCCCCAUUGUGAUAAGACAUUUUCUCAAAAGACUAGUCUUACUAGCCACCUUAGAACACAUACAGGAGAGAAACCCUUUAAGUGUCCCCAUUGUGAUAAGACAUUUUCUCAAAAGACUAUUCUUACUAACCACCUUAGAACACAUACAGGAGAGAAACCCUUUAAGUGUCCCCAUUGUGAUAAGACAUUUUCUCGAAAGAAUAAUCUUAGUCGUCACCUUAGAACACAUACAGGAGGGAAACCAUUUAAGUGUCCCCAUUGUGAUAAGGGUUUUUCCCAUAAAACUUCCCUUAUUAGACAUUUAAGAUCACAAAGCCUUACUGAAAAGCCUCUACAAUGUUUCCAUUGUGAUAAGAGUUUUUCUCACAGAUGUCACUUUACUAGACAUUUCGUCUAAUUACUAGCCACCUAGUCUUACUAGCCACCUUCGAACACAUACAGGGGAGAAACCCUUUAAAUGUUCCUAGUGUGAUGAGGGUUUUCCCUAUAAAAGUACCCUCAUUAGACAUUUAAGAACACACAGCCUUGAUGAAGAGCCUCGUCGAUGCUACCAUUGUGAUAAGAGAUUUUCUCAACAAAGUACUCUUACAUGUACCUCUCAUGUAAGGACAUACAGGAGAAAAGCUUUAUCAAUUUUCCAAGUGUGAUAAGGGUUUUUCUCAAAAGGCUAGGCUUACUAACCACCUUAGAACACAUACAGGGGAGAAACCCUUUAAGGAUUCCAAUUUGUGAUACAAGUUUUUCUCCAAGAAGUACCCUUAUUUGACAUUUAAGAACACACAGUGGAGAAAAGCCUUAUCGAUGUUACCAUUACGGUACCAGUUUUUCUCAACAAGGUGAUCUUAAUCGUCAUAUUAGGACACAUACAUGUACUAGAAAAAAGAAAGAAAAUUUUUCGAUUGUUAUAUGGGAUUUUCUAUCAAUUGGAUGUUAUUAGCCAGCUUAGAUAUAUUACAGGUGGGAAACCCUUUAAUUGAUCCGUUUGUGAUACAGGUUAUUCUGAACGAGGUCAUCUAAUUUGUCAUGUUAGACACACACACACAAGAGUAAUCUUACUAGUUACUGGAGAAAAGCCAUUUAAAUGUUUACUUUGUUCUAAAAAUGGAUUUUAUUGUUUAUACAGUGCAUGAUCUUGCUAAUUGACUAAUAACACACAGAGUAAAAAUGCCACAUAAAUAUUAUCAUUAGAACAGAUGGAUCGAUUACUAACAAACUCAUGACAUGUGUGUAUCUUGCAGAGCCAAUGAACUGAUUAGAUUUUAGGGUCAUGAGGUCAAAGAUCAAAGGGUCAUACAUGUAUAUGAAAAAAAGCUUGUAAUCACGAUAUUCUGAGAACCUGUUAAUGUAUUACAAUCAAACUUGAAUAUUUUAAGUUGCUUCUGUUUUGGUUUGUAAAAUCACUCUAUUGCCCCGGGGGAGUUGAGGUGACGAGCCCCUGGAAGCUCAGGGGUUUUAGGCAUUUAAUUAUAGUCAGAUGACCGAUUGAGGGGCCCAUCUUAGGGCCCCUGGUGGGGUCUGAAGGCCUGACUGUAAAUUUUUGGAUUUUGAUAUUUUCCAAGAAACGCACUUAUAAAAGAAAUUGAGAAAAUCCCUGAAAAUCGUGUCAUUUCAGCAACAUUUGUAAAUCUCUUACCCCCCCCCAUACU